GGCGGGUGCCCGCCGGGACGGCAGCCGGGCUUUCGCGGCCAUGUUAGGAUCGGGCAAGGGCGUCGCCUCUGUUCUCCGUUUCCACCGCCCCGCUUCCGGCCGAGGGCAGCCCAGGCGGCCGCGCUUCAGGGGACAGCGCCGUGGGCGGAGGAGGUCUGCGGGGACUGCCGGCUCCUAGCUGACCUGGGACAGCUGCGAGCCCCUGUCCGGGUCCUGCCAGGCAGCACUGGCACACGUGCUGCGGAAGCUUGGUUUCAUAGGUGCUUCCUGUUUCUUUCAACUUUUUCUCACCUCAAACGAUUUACAGAAGUUCCCGCAAUUGGAAGGAUUCCCACUUAGCGUUCACGCACAUCUCCUGGAUGUUAACUCCGGUGUGAGUUCUGAAGCUUGGGAACCUGCGUCUUGUUUCUGAACGCGGAGAGUGGCAGUGCGGACAGUGGAUGAAGGCCUGUGAGGCUGGAGCGCAGAAUGGCUGGGAAAAAGCCGCCGGGCCUGGGUGGGCAGCACCGGCUCCUGGGGCUGCUGGUGGCUGUGGCUGCCGUGCACCUGGUCAUCUGCCCCUACACAAAGGUGGAGGAGAGCUUCAACCUGCAGGCUGUGCACGACCUGCUCUACCACCGGCUGGACGUGGGGAAGUAUGACCACCUCGAGUUCCCCGGAGUGGUCCCCAGGACGUUCCUCGGGCCGGUGGUGAUUGCGGCUCUCUCCAGCCCUGCAGUUUAUGUGCUCUCCCUGUUGGAAAUGUCCAAGUUUUAUUCUCAGCUAGUAGUCAGGGCCGUCCUUGGACUUGGCGUGAUUUCCGGGCUCUGGACCUUACAAAAAGAAGUGAGGCGGCAGUUCGGGGCCACGGUGGCCACCAUGUUCUGCUGGGUGACAGCCUCGCAGUUCCACCUGAUGUUCUACUGCACGCGGACGCUCCCCAACGUGCUGGCCCUGGCCGUGGUCCUGCCGGCCCUCACCGCCUGGCUGCAGCAGAAGUGGGCCCGCUUCAUCCGGCUCUCGGCGCUUGCCAUCCUGGUCUUCAGGGCCGAGCUCAGCCUGCUCCUGGGCCUCGCGCUGCUCCUGCUGCUCUGUUCGGGGCGGGUGUCCGUGGCCAGGGCCCUGCGCUGCGCCGUGCCGGCCGGGAUCCUCUGCUUGGGACUGACGGUGGCUGUGGACUCCUAUUUUUGGAGAUACCUUGUGUGGCCAGAAGGAAAAGUGCUUUGGUACAACACCGUCCUGAACAAAAGUUCCAACUGGGGUACCUCCCCGCUGCUGUGGUACUUCUACUCGGCUCUGCCCCGCGGCCUGGGCUGCAGCCUGCUCCUCGUGCCGCUAGGCGCAAGGGACAGGAGGGCUGGGGUGCUGCUCCUGCCGGCGCUGGGCUCCGUGGCCCUGUACUCGCUCCUCCCGCACAAGGAGCUGCGGUUCAUCAUCUACACCUUCCCCCUGCUCAACAUCGUGGCCGCCAGGGGCUGCGCCCGCCUGCUGAACAACUAUCAGAAGUCCUGGCUCUACAAAGUGGGGUCGCUCCUCGUGGUGGGGCACCUCAUGGUAAACGCAGCGUACUCGGCCACGGCGCUGUAUGUGUCCCACUUCAACUACCCGGGCGGCGUGGCCCUGCAGAGGCUGCAUGAGCUGGUGCCACCCCGCACAGGUGUCGUUCUGCACAUCGACGUGGCUGCUGCGCAGACGGGCGUGUCUCGGUUUUUGGAGGUCAACGGCGCCUGGAGGUAUGACAAGAGGGAAGGUGUGCAGCCCGGGUCAGAGCAAAUGCUGGCCUACACCCACCUCCUCAUGGAGGUGGCGCCCGGUCCCCUGGCCCUCUACCGGGACUCGCACCGGGUCCUGGCUAGAGUCCCAGGCACCACCGGGCUGAGUCUGAACCUGACCAAACUGCCUCCCUUUGACGUCAACCUGCAGACAAAGCUAGUGCUUCUGGAGAGGCUCCUCAGGCCUUCCUGAGGAGAGGGCCCUGGCGCUCGCAGGCGCGCCGACAGUGGGAUGGCCCACGGAAACGGCCAGAGAACCGCAGAUGUGUGCCCAGAGGGCCCCGUCCACGCUGCCCGCCGCUCAGGAGAACCAGGGGCUGGCACCGCUGCCC